AUGACGAUGAACUUGAUGCCGCGUGGCGUGUUCGCACGCACGUUUGCGUCGAGUGCGAUGCGUGCCACAUCGCCAGCUGAGCCCAAGGCAUAUGCGAACCAUGUGCCGGACAUAGCACCGCCGCCCCAGACGCAUGGUAUCCAUGUCGCGACGCUGCAGCUCAAGAGCCAUCAUGCACAGACGUUUGAUCUCGACUUUUUCGCUGACUUUGCGAUGCGCGCAGCCCACGCAUUUCAGAUUCCCACGGGCGGCGUGGCCAUGCUCCCCAUUCGCACCACUCUGUGGACCGUGCCGCGCGGUCCAUUUGUGCAUAAAAAGUCGCAAGAAAAUUUCUGGCGGCGGAUUCACCGUCGGAGCAUCAAGGUGUACGAUGCGAGUGACGAGACCGUGGAGCGCUGGCUCCAUUUCCUACGAGUGCACGAGAUGCCCGGUGUCGCAUCCAAAGUCCAGCUCUUCCGUCGAUACCCGCUGGGCGUGGGCCGACAUAUGGAGUCGGCGGCCUUGGUACAGGACGACACAACGCCGCAAGACGUGCGUGCGAUGGCCGAGCAGAUUUUGCGCGCGCAAAAGGCAUAA